AUGGACAGAUGCAAUGUCUUAAUGACACAGAUAGAUACAGUUUCAGACAAUUUUACCGAAAAAGAUACUGUGAGUAGUAAAGUACAUCAUGAUCCAGGACUCAGAACUAAAAUAACUUCAGAUAAUCAAAGACAAUACCUAAUCAUGCUAGGCCCACAUCAACCAAAAUUAAAUAUUUACCCAAAGCGAGAAGCACAUCGUUUUAAUCCAUCUUGGAAUAUUGAAUAUCCACACUUGGAAUAUAGUACAGCAAAAGAUUCACCUUACUGUUUUGCUUGUGGUUUAUUUCCUGAUAUAGCUGGUCGUCAAAAAAGUAAGGCAUAUUGGAACGAAAUCGGUGUAACUGGAUGGAAAAAAAUAAAAGGCUCCAGUGGUGUAAAUAAAAUUGGAAAAUUACAGAAACAUUUAACUUCUGAAACGCACAAAUCUGCAUUGACUGAUUAUUGCAAUUACAUGAAAAAAUCGAAUAACAUUAAUCUUAUGCUUGACAAAACAGUACGUGAGCGAAAAAUUCAGGAAGAGAGCAAUCAAAAUUUUCACAAAGAAGUAAUUUGUAUCUUACUGGAUGUAACCAAAACCCUCGCUAGACAAGGUUUAACAUUCAGAGGAAAGGUUGAUGAUAAAAAUGAUAACUUUAGACAAAUUACUUAUUUACUUUCUAGAUACUGUCCCUUGUUAAAAAAAUGGCUUAAUGAUUCUUGUUAUCGGCCAUACCAUUCUACAUAUUUAAGCCCCCAAUCUUAA